AUGCUUGCAAUUGUUAAUGAAUUUUUUCUUGCAUUUAUUCCUCAUUUUGGACCAUUUUUGUGGGAAAAAAUAUUCGGUCCUGGUUCUUCAAUGGGCACUGGACCUCUUAGUGAAUUUAUGAGUGGAUUAGAAGUUUUUAUUUUUGCGUCAGUAUUUUCUUCAGUUUUAAACUCGAAUACUUCCAAUAUAAAAUCAACAACACAAACAUUACGUGAAGAAAAGACAAAACAAAAUAUUGGACAAAUUAGACCUUCAGUAUUUUCAAUUCAAAGUGGCUGGACUGGGGGAGGACAAAAUGGAGUAGUAAAUAAUAUCAGAGGAAGUUUUAAUAGAGUAAAUAGUCCAUUACCUCCAAUUAAUAAUAAUGAAAGGCAACAAAUUAAUAAAUUAAGACCUAUGCAUCAAAGUUUAUCAGCUGGAGUUAUUAUGACCUCAUAA